CUGUCCUUGUUUGUUUCUUUUUCCUCCUGCCCUCUGCCGUGUCGUACUUUUUGCCGUUGUAGACACGCGGAACGAGGAAUAAAGAAGCAUCUUCUGAACCAACCGCAUCUCUUCGCUUCUUCCCCGACCAGUCUUACAACACAUCUACUAUUACCUAUUACUUGCCUAUCGGCUUAUUAUUCAAGUACGAAUACCUGCCGUACCAUAUUCCUUGCUCCCUGAUCUCCUUCAGGUACCACUACUUUGCUCUCACGUUCCCUACACCUCUACCACUAUUCAUCACGCAUUCCUCUCUUGUCGUCUAAUUCAUAUCGUUCAACAACCAUUCUUCUUCCACGCCCUACCUCUCGGGCUAAGCGGCGCGCUAUACGCUACCGCCCGUUCUAAUCAACAUUUGCUCCUCCGGCCCGCCUCGUCAGCCUGUCGCAGACCUGCCCGGGUGCUCCUUUGAUACAUGACGCAUGCGCUGCUAGGGUCCCCCCUUCUUAGUUGCUUAACUACUACCCCAAUCCUCGAUCCCGUCGUGGGUUUCUCUCCUUUUAUUCGCCUCAGUUCUCGUGCCUUGAUUGUCCACUCGACAUCCUCCUCUCCUCUUGUACGGAUACUCAGCGUCACCGCGGCUGUAGAGGGCGCAUUUCGCCACCUCUCCGCCUCUCCGAUUCCGACAGGCCUAGACGACAAGCCGCAUUGCUGUCUAUAUGCACCAUGAAUCAGGUUCCAGCAUAGAUCACCACCUGGCCUAGACAUCUGGGGCGUCCGAUCAAGAAUCCCACCCAGCCUGGACUGGCGAACCGGGCAUUGACAUUGGCAUUGGAACUAAACAAAUCGUCACGGCACGGCACCGGACGCAUCUCGUUGGCAAUCCUCUUGGGUCUCACCAACAUUAUCUCUACCCUUCCUCGUCAUCUCUCUUCGGACCUCACCACACUUCAUGGCGUAACAGGGGUCGACUAUCAAAUACAACGCUCUUCUUCCUCCGGCCUCCUUCACACACUCGCUCUAGCCUAGAGUCACGCACGAAGUAAUCACCUAUUGUUGGAACUGCCAUGGGCCUCUUCAAGUCGGCCAACCCACCCGCCGCUCCUGGCGCAGUCCCUCGAUCUUUAACGGGCCAGUCCAUUCGGGGCAAAAUAUCUGGCCCGAUUCCUAUCCCUAGCCCAGUCGACGACGAAUUUCCAAUGCGCAACCCUGGUACCGGGAUUGCUACGCCUCUGACCGAGGGCGACAUGAAGGAGCAAAUGAUGCAUCCGCCGCAGGCCGAACAAAGGGCCGGGUCGAUUGUCUCGGUCCCUCAGCCUCAGCCCGAAGUUUCACAGGCCCCGAGAGCAGACUCGGUGAUUGCACCGACGGGUUCCGCCGGUUCUGGCUCCGGUUCAGCAUCAUCACCAACAUCGGCGACACACGCGACACAGGCCAACACGCCCCAAUCACAAAGAAGAACAAACGCAUCCAGCAACUUGCGGUAUUCCGCCGUGAGUGCGUCAUCUGAACAGACGGGCGCAAGCAAGGAUCGUCCACAGCGCAAAAAGUCAACAUUGCGCGGCGCGUUGGGGAAGCUUUUUGGUCGCAAAAAGAAGACGAGCUCUCAGGGUUCGACCGAUUCGCAGCGCGUAUCGACGUACAACGCCUCGAACCAACACAAGAGCGACACUUCCGGGUUAAGCCGAGUCAAGGAAGCCGAACCAAAGCGAUCGGCGUCCUUGCCGAUCACCGAGUACGACAGAGCAUUACGUUCUCACUCUAUUGGGCCCCAAGACAUCACCGCCAUUGAGAGUGCGCGCAAUUCAAUCAACGUCGACCCAUCUCUCUAUCAAGGCCACAAGAGGGCGGCCACAGCUACCACAAGUCAGAUCUACUCGGCUCCUUUCAGGAGUCGCGAGGGAGAGCUUGCCGGCCUCUCGCCUCGUCCUGCAAGCACUCACGUACGUGGGAGCCGCCUUUUCACAGAUGACGAUGACCCCGAAGAAAUUGGGCGAGCCAUCACUAGUGAUGUUAGCCAAAAGCGCCGAUCCAGGAGUCUCAGUGGAAUGCAGAAUCCAGAAGGACGAUCCGAAGUUCGGCGCAGAAGCGACGAAAUCCGAUAUUGGAGAGAGAGCUAUGACCCAGCCUUCAUCGCAUCGCCGGCGUCAUCCAAUAUUCCAGACCAUGAAAACCAGUUCACGGGCAUGGCCCCUACCAUAAGCAUGCCCGAAUCCCCAAUUGAGCAGGGACAGGUGCACACACCACCUCAACCAUUCUCGUUUGGGAACUUGACGCACAUGAAUGUCAUGGCUGGCAUGAAGAUCACGCAGGCAGCCAGCAUCGAGACGCGCAUAGAGACGCUGGAGGAGAGGAUGCACCGUGUGGAGGACGUGGUGACGCAUCUUUGCAACUCUGUUCCUGGAUUCCAGAUCCACAUGAGCCAGCCGCAACGUCCUGCGCCUUCGGUACCGGGUUCGAAUCCAUCUUCUCAGACGACAAGCACCGCAGUCAAUCCGGCACUGCAACAACUCUCGCGCCAGCAAGCCCCAGUCUCUCGGUACAGCAGCUCUGCACACUCAAAGGAGUCUCACACCUCCUUCGGCGAGACUCCCACGUAUGUGGGCUCUCUUCAACUCCCUGCAUCCAUGAAUAGGCCGACCUCGAAUUCCACCAUCCGUGGCGUGACGAGCUUACCGGCACUAUCUCGUGUCGAGCCGAACAGGGCACAAGAGACCUUUACAGCGGAUCACUACACGAUGCUUCUCGCGCUGCUGGAGACGGAGAGAGCCUCUCGACAGGCCCUAGAGUCUCAGGUCAAGAAGUUGACGAGACGCCUGAAUAUGAUCUCUGGGCCUAGCGGUCACGGCCGCAUGUCUCUGGCAAUGGAGCCUCCCCCGACGGCCAAGUCGUUUGGCAGCGUGUCUGCCUUUGACCAGGAUUCAUCCGAUGAGGAGGAGGAAACCGCGUCCAGGAAUCGGCAAUUUUUGGCUGAAGAUUCUGGCGUUGGGACCGGCCCCGGGGACGAGGACUCGUACUCGGAGGUUUUCGCGACGCCAAGGGAAGAGCAGCAUCACGGCUACGGCGCGUUCGGGGAGGAGUUGCGCGACGAGGACGAAGACCCCCAGCGAAAGAAGGCAGCCAGGACAUUGUCGCUGAGCCAAAUGACGCUGGGCAAGAAGCCGUCGUCGACAGGAGUGCGGAUUUGAUGUUUGAUUUGCGGCACUGUUUUGCAUUGUUUUCCAUUUCAGGUUUGUCAUUAUACCCCGGGAGAUGUUCUCCCACUCACGAGGCGACGAUGACGAUUCUGUUCUCGGCAGCCGUUGAGUUGAAGGCGUCUCCUGUCUUUGCGAUUCGGCACAGAUACCUGCCCGCAGCUUUUGACGGGCUCAGCAUUGUCAUAGUAGCGAAACAUUUUCCGUUUUAAUUUCUUACUUUUUCUACCCGUACAUAUGACUGCCCAUUUCCAUUCUUGACGAUCUGGUUGGAACAGUCUUUGUGGGAUACAUUCCAUUGACGAGAAUUUUUGUUUUCUUUUUGUUUUAUUCAAGCGUGCGGAUAUCUUGGUGAGAGGAAGGAGGGAAAGGCCAGAGAGCCUUCUACCGGUGCAAUCGUUUUUCAAGGACGAUAAUGCCCGCAAGAAAUGGAAGAGGUAGUUGGUCAGGUAGCCACAACUUGGUUCUGCAGGUUGUGUGCGUGUAUAACAUGAAAAUGUGUGCCCUCAGUUGGACACGGAUUAGUUCCAAUGAUGACAAGACCCAAAGUGCUCCGCUGCUUUAGAUGCAAGAUGCACCAGGUGUGUGGUAUACUCCGAGUGAUGCACAACUCAGACAGACAGAGCAAGACAAACAAACAACGGGCCCGAAUGACAAGGCCACCCAGUCGUAAUCUCCGG